AGUAAACUAAAAUAGAAAGGCCAGGUGCCCAACUUAGCGGCUUCUUCCAACAUAAAAAACCCUCUUCUGCCUUCCCUAAACCCUCGCCUCCUUUCUCUCCCAGCAAAAAAUCCAGUAAAAUAGGAAUGCUGAUGAAUUCCGUCUUCCAAAUCCAGAAGCCGGUCCUCGAUCCGGUGCUCUUCUCAUCCGGCCACCCAAAGAUCCACAAACCUCAACCUCGAACUUUCUCCUUCACCGUCAGAGCCAUGGCGGCGGCGUCCGAGGCCAAGGCGAAGGAGGCCAAGCUCUGGGGAGGGCGAUUCGAGGACAGCGUGACCGACGCCGUCGAGAGAUUCAGCGAGUCUGUCUCCUACGACAAGGCCCUCUACAAGCAUGACAUCAUGGGGAGCAAAGCCCACGCCUCGAUGCUCGCCCAUCAGGGUUUGAUGUCAGAAAGUGAAAAAGAUAUCAUACUAUCUGGUCUAGAUGAAAUAAAGAAAAGAAUUGAAGCUGGGGAGUUUGUGUGGAGAACAGAUAGAGAGGAUGUGCAUAUGAAUAUAGAAGCAGCACUGACAGACUUGAUUGGUGAACCGGCGAAAAAGCUCCACACUGCUAGAAGUCGAAAUGAUCAAGUUGUAACGGAUCUUCGUCUAUGGUGCCGGGAUUCAAUUGAUAAAACUGUUAAACUCAUCAGACAACUCCAGGUGGCACUUGUUAAUUUAGCUCAAAAAAAUGAAGGGUUAAUAGUUCCUGGAUAUACUCAUCUUCAGCGGGCACAACCAGUUUUGUUGCAACAUCUACUGCUAUCAUAUGUUGAGCAGCUUGAACGUGAUGCUGGUCGCUUAGUUGACUGCAAAGAUCGAAUGAAUUUCUGCCCCUUGGGUGCUUGUGCUUUGGCUGGUACUGGCCUUCCUAUCAACCGAUUCAUGACUUCUGAUGCAUUAGCGUUUACUGCACCUAUGAGAAAUAGCAUUGAUGCAGUAUCUGACCGUGACUUUGUCUUGGAGUUAUUGGCUGCCAAUUCGAUCAUUGCCAUUCAUCUUUCAAGGCUAGGUGAAGAAUGGGUUCUGUGGGCAUCCGAAGAGUUUGGAUUCUUGACCCCAAGUGACUCUGUUUCCACGGGAAGUAGUAUCAUGCCUCAGAAGAAAAACCCAGAUCCAAUGGAACUUGUUCGUGGAAAGUCAGCUAGGGUUAUUGGAAGCCUUACAACCCUGUUGGUCCUGUGCAAAGGGCUCCCACAAGCCUACAACCGCGACCUCCAAGAAGAUAAGGAACCUCUAUUUGAUAGCGUUAGAACUAUCACCGGGAUGCUUGAAGUAACAGCAGAAUUUGCAUAUAACAUCACCUUCAACCAUGCAAGAAUACAAAAGGCUUUACCAGCUGGACAUCUUGAUGCUACUACCCUUGCAGAUUAUCUUGUGAACAAGGGAGUUCCAUUUCGAACUUCUCAUGAUAUAGUUGGGAGAUCUGUUGCUUUGUGCGUCUCAAGGAAUUGCCAGCUUUCAGACCUUACUCUUAAUGAUCUACAAGACAUAAAUUCGGCAUUUGAGGAUGAUGUUUAUGAUUUCCUUGGAGUUGAAAAUUGUGUUAGGAAGUUCCGGUCCUAUGGGUCAACAGGUUCAGAAUGUGUACGUGAGCAAAUCAACUACUGGGUUUCAAAGCUGGGCAUCUGACUGACGAUAGGAUAAUUGAUGAACUAUGUUUCAUUAUAAUUCUCAUGAUAACAAUGUAGACUUAAGCAUCAACCAUCUCAUCAAGGAUCAAGGGGAUGUAGGGUUUUUCCCCAACUAAAAUAAGAUCUUAAAAUUAUUCUUACUUUCUUUUUCUUUA